CAUCUCCUUUUAGUGCUGUUUUGGGCGCUGGAAAGGAGGAAGGAACAAAGGAGCAAAAGGAGAAGCCAACGCUGCCAUGGUGAUUGUUAUUACAACCGAGAAGAAGACGACGCCAUGAAGAACCCAAGAGAGGAGGAGAAGAAGAAGAAGGAGAAGGGAAGCAGCAAUGCGACCUCCAAUCUCGAGUCGAGGUUCAAUCAGACCCUCAGAAGCGUCCAGGAGUACGAUCUUGAUCUAGUGCCUUCGCAUUAGAUUUGUUCUCUUCUAGCUUGUCUCGGACGAUGUGGAAACCAACCGAUUCUUGGUGGAAAGCUACUAUUAGGCAGCAGCUUUCCUGGUAAAGUUUCGCUGACCCGCAAAUCUGAGCCCUCGAGCGAGUUGACCUCACCUGUACGCCAACAAAACUUUGAGAGAAGUUACUCUGAAAAUGAUAUGGGCCAAAGUAAAAGGGCAAAUAAUUCUUCUGAGGAAGAGCUUCAGAGUUCCGGGAACAGGAUAAAAAGUGCAGAAUUUCAAAAGUUGAAAAUAACUAUGACAAACAGUGAGAGUAAAUUGUCAGAUGCCCUGAGAUCUGCUUCUGGAGCUAGAGCUGUAGAUUCUGCAAGAAUUACAAAGUUCACAAAAGCACUGUCUGGAUCAUCUGUCAUAUUAGAAAAAUUGCGUGAAUUAGCUUGGAAUGGCGUACCACCAGAUAUGCGUCCUAGCAUAUGGAGGCUUCUAUUGGGAUAUGCAUCACCUAAUCCAGAUAGUCGCGGGAGACUUUUGACGAGGAAACGACUUGAAUAUGUCGAUUGUGCUUCACAGUAUUAUGAUAUUCCUGAAACUGAACGUUCAGAUGAUGAGAUCAAUAUGCUUCGCCAGAUUGCUGUUGAUUGCCCAAGGACUGUACCUGAUGUCACCUUUUUCCAGCAAGAGCAAGUUCAGAAAUCCUUGGAGCGCAUUCUUUAUACAUGGGCCAUUCGUCAUCCAGCAAGUGGAUAUGUUCAAGGAAUUAAUGAUCUUGUUACACCAUUUCUUAUGGUGUUCUUGUCAGAACAUCUAGAUGGUGGCAUGGAGAGUUGGUCUGUUUCGGAUCUCUCACCUCAGAAAAUCUCUAAUGUGGAAGCUGACUGCUAUUGGUGUCUCUCCAAAUUGCUUGAUAGUAUGCAAGACCAUUACACAUUUGCUCAACCAGGAAUUCAGCGCCUUAUUUUCAAACUGAAAGAGCUAGUUCACCGGAUUGAUGAACGAGUUUCAAGGCACAUGGAGGAGGAAGGGCUGGAGUUUCUUCAGUUUGCUUUUCGCUGGUUGAACUGUCUCCUUAUACGUGAGAUCCCAUUCCACCUAGUUACACGUUUAUGGGAUACUUAUCUUGCGGAAGGAGAUGCACUGCCAGAUUUUCUUGUGUAUAUAUGUGCUAGCCUUUUGUUGACGUGGUCAGAUGAGCUCCUAAAGCUUGAUUUCCAGGAGAUGGUCAUGUUCCUCCAACAUCUUCCAACGCAGAAUUGGACCCACCAUGAGCUGGAAAUGGUUCUAUCAAGAGCAUACAUGUGGCACGUGAUGUUCAACAACUCUCCUAGACACCUUGCAAGCUAGGCAAGCUAAUUUUAGUUCCCUAGUUUAUUUUUCUUUUAUCCAUUCUUUUCUCUGCAGUUAAAUCAUUUUCCUUUAUAUUAUUUUCCAACAGCGGAGGAAGGUUGAGUUGUCAUUUGUAAUCUUAUACAUGUAUUUGCUAUGUGACAGAAUCUGUAAAUGUCAGCAUAUGAAUUUCCAACAUUAUUUUGUAGUACUUUUAAUGAAUUUCAGGGGGUUUUUGUAAGCAAGCAACUUUUCCUUUGUUUGGUAAACUAUAUUUGUUAUCUGCUUGCUCAUUUUAGCAGGUAUAUAGGUUUGAGCUAAUCAAGGACUAGAAAAAGAUUUAAGCCUGCUAUUUAACCUGAAUCUAAACUUUAUUUAGGUGCAUAACAAGACUAGUAAGCCUCUCUUUUGGAGAUCAGCGAGGUGGAAAUUUAGCAGACAGUUUCAUUGUCAUCUCCCAACAUAGUGAAGACCCUGGCUUGGUAUUCAUUUCAGUGAUCAGGAAGUAACAGUUGGAGAUGGCUAAGAAAAUGUGCUUGCUUAUUGAGAAGCAGCUACUGCUAAUGUUGUCUUUUGGUGCUCAUAUAGGGUGUGGCUGAGGGAUUUGAUAUUUGUAACCUAUAAAUGAGGUAGGAUUGCAGUCGCUUAAAAUUUUGGCAGAUAGUCUGUGCCCUUUAUGUUGAGGCGAAUGAUAUUUUAGAAUGACAUUUCACUAAAAAAAAAAAGAAAAAAAAAUCUAUGAUCUGAUAUGUGAGAGGGAUAUUUGUAUUAGAUUACUUUUAAAUGCAGUUUACUAUGCUUUACGGAAAUGAACUGAGCUGUAUUUGUAGUUUUUAGAUGUAUUAUGCAAUGCUACGUGGUAUGUACACAUAAAAAGGUAAGUCAUGGAUCUGCAACAGGAUGCCAAGUUUCUCAGUAUAAUGCACUCAACAUGCAAAAGCUCAUUGUCACUUGGGACUGGAAGUAGGUUCGAUGCUGAUUUGCUGACUAAUCCACAGGGCCAAUAAAAGGCAUAUAGUUUUGAUUUAAACCAAGAGACAACCGAGUUGAGAUUUGAUGUUUAAUUCAGGUCAAAUCUGGAUAAGCAAAUACUAAAAACUUCAGGCCUAGUUUUCGGAAGUAGGAUAAGCAACUGGGGACAACUUGGUAUCUUCCAUGGGUACAACCAGUUCCCAAAUAAAGUGCAUUAAGCAA